GCACUGACACCAGCACAUCCAGUCCUCUGUGGCCUUCGGGUCAUUCACAUCACCUUACAUGUUCUGGCUGGCUUUGCAGGGGGCACAACAAACCCUUCCAGGUCCUAGUGCCCCGUCCUCACUAUAUGGUGAAUUUGGAGACACGGAUAAGAUUGAUAAACGACCCAAGAGCAAGCCGGAGAAAAAGGAAGUACUGGUGGUGACCGUUAUGAAGGAACCGCGUGCUAAGCAUCCCUUACAAAAUCGGUGGGCUCUAUGGUUUUACAAGAAUGACAAAAGCAAAAUGUGGCAGGACAAUCUCAGACUCAUCACAAAGUUUGAUACUGUUGAGGACUUCUGGGGGUUGUACAACAAUAUUCAGCCAGCCAGCAAGCUCUCAUCAGGCUGUGACUAUUCUGUGUUCAAGGAUGGUAUUGAGCCCAUGUGGGAGGACAGGAGUAAUAAAUGCGGUGGCCGCUGGCUGAUCACCCUCUCCAAGCAACAGAGACACACCGAGCUGGACCGUUUCUGGAGGGAAACGCUGCUGUGUCUUAUCGGGGAGGGCUUCGGCCCAUAUAGCAGAGAUGUCUGCGGCGCCGUUAUUAACGUUCGUGCCAAGGGGGACAAAAUUGCCGUAUGGACCACCAACACUGAGAAUGCUGAGGCUGUGACCUACAUUGGCCGCAAGUACAAAGAGACUCUUGGCCUCCCUGCAAAGCUUGUUAUUGGAUAUCAGGCCCAUGCAGACACAGCCACCAAGAGCAACUCCCUUACCAAGAACAAGUUUGUUGUAUGAAUCGACACGGUGGUGUGUGGGAUGUGGCUUUUGUCGUGGUCGGACGGCUGCCGACGAACCUUGUCACGAGACGAUUUUUGGGAUUCCUUUGAUUCACUUAGGGAAUUUUUGUCAAGUUGAAUAAAUGGGCUGGGUGGAGGGAGAGUGUUGAUGCACUGCGUGCCAGAGACCUUGUUGUAACUGAAGUACUGUGGUUUAAGUUAUCCGUUCAAGUGUGUAUUCUUUGCGAAGUUGGAAGCUACAUUUGCUGGGGUUGUUCCCCU